AUGAGAUUUGUUUUCGAUGAGGUCUUCAAUUCAGAUGUUGAUUCUACAGAAUCAGAGGAAGCAUUCCCUGCAACAUCUCCUGCAUCAUCGCUAUGUCCAACACCUGAGCCGAGCCCAACAGCGAAGUUACAUUCAUUCGCAGCAAUUAGAGCUGAUAAAUUGGUAAAAAAACCGAUGACAGAACUGGAUCCAGCUCUGGAGAGGUUCUUGCGCGAUUUGAACCUACAAUCCAAACUGAUCCCCAUAAAUGAGCACAUCACAACCACGUCACCGGUAUUCAUGCCACGCCCGACUGAUAUACCACCAUCGAAGCCAUGUCGGUCGCCUCUGAAAAGCAGUGCUAAAAGGCAAGAUAUGACGGCGCCCUUACUGGAAGCUAUGGAGGAGUCUUUCCAAAGAAAGAUGCAGAAUUUGGUGCUUACAAAUGAGAGAGAAGUUCAGUCCGUUAGAGACAAUAAACGAAUUAUUGAAGAUGAACGUAAGAGAAAAGAAGAAGAGGAACGCGAACGCAAAGAAGCUGAAGAGAAAGCCAAACGAGAACAGGAAUCAUUGCGCCAAAGGAAAGAGGAAGAAGAACGUAAACGCGAAGAAGCAGAAGCAAGACUAGCCCAGGAGAAACAAGAUGCACAAAGAAAAAAACUGGAGGAAGAAAAUGAAAAGAAAAAGCAGUUGAAAAAGGAUCAAGAAGCCAAAGUGUUACAGCAAAGAGGUAAAUUGGGCAAAGCAGUUACAAAUUUCGACACAAUCUCCAAGACAUUCUGGCAUUACAAGGACAAGAUUGCUCAAAUAAAGAAAGAUAUAGUUUUGCCCGUAAAGAAGGCUGACCUUAAUCUAAGGAAUUUGCUUUCACGCCAUAAAAGAAAAAUUAACCCCAAGUUCGGGCAACUAACCAACAGCAAUCAACAACUUUUCAAAAUCCAAAACGAGUUGACGCAAUUGAUAAACGACACCAAAGGUGACCCUCUAGCAUACCAAUGGAUCUUAAAUUUUAUUGCGAAAGCCGUGGUACACCAAGCAGAAACCGAAGUUAGGGUAAAACCGGAGUCCGCGUUACCUCUGGGGAAAUUGUCUUUAUAUUUACUGGUUCAAUUUCCAGAGUUACAGGAAUUAUUUAUGGCUAGACUUGUGAAGAAGUGUCCCUUUGUCAUUGGAUUCACAUGUGAGAUUGAUACCGAAAAAGGCCGUCAAAACAUGGGGUGGAAAAGAAACAGCGACGAUAAAUGGGAAGAUAACGCUUCUUAUGAUGAGAGAAUGGGUGGAAUGGUAUCAUUGUUCGCUGUUAUAACAAGACUACCUUUGCCCCAGGAAUUUUUUUCCACCCAAAGUCACCCUUUCCCCAUUGCACUAUCAUGGCACAUCUUGGCUAGAAUCUGCAAUACACCAUUAGAUUUAAUCACGAAUACCCAUUUCGUUAUAUUGGGUUCAUGGUGGGAUGCUGCUGCUGUACAAUUCCUUCAAGCCUAUGGACAACAAGCCUCCAAACUGCUAGUCUUGAUUGGUGAGGAGCUAACAUCUCGAAUGGCAGAAAAGAAAUACGUAGGUGCCGCAAGAUUAAGGAUUCUACUGGAGGCCUGGCAAAUUAAUAGCAUGGAGUCUUUUCCGGAAAUGUCUGCUUGA